ACAGUGCAUUAGAUCGACGUAUACCAGUGCUGGGCAUUCCUCAGAAAUUAUUUUACGUGGAUUGUGACGUUGCAGUUACUUGUGAGACACUUCUCGGUCAAUAUCAUCAGCUACCUAAUCAAUUUGGGCUUUUGAAAUUUCAACAAUUUCAACCGAAGUUACAAUGAGCGCUUCAUUUCGGAACAUAGUACAGCAGGUGACGCAAGAAAAAUUGGAGGAGCUAAAAGUUCAGAAAGAGCUCAGUACCAAUUAUUUCAAUCCUGUUUUAAAAGAAGUCGAUGAGCCAUCUAUUACACCAACGGUUGCGCUGCAAGUUCUAUACAAAGCGCUCAACGAAUAUCCAUUAAAAGACAUCAUUGACUCUACCUUACUAGAAAAUCUAAGGUACGUCCUGCAAAACACUAAAAACGAUCCUUCGAUCAGUUCCCAACUGGUUCUGGCAUGGGUGGAUAAAGUGAAACAGGAGAUCAAAUUUUCAUUGCGGAAAUGCGAGUACUCAUAUUUAUAUGGCUCGCUCUUAAGUGAAUGGUUAGAAACUGAGGAAUUGAAGAACUCUAAAAGUGAAACAACACCGGAAGUUGUAACAUCUCAAGAUCAGAAAAAUGCAAACGGAGAGGAAGCUGCGUCAAAUAGAAAAGUGGUAACAGAUAACAUAAAAGAGUUAAUGGUCAAUCAACCGUCCACUGGAUUUUCUACAGAAAAUUUUAAAAACUUUCUCUCAGCAGACGUGUUCAAUUUUGAAAAAAAUAUUGAAGGUCAGAACGUUAUGAAGGCGAUCCAGAAAGAGACCAGAGGUCAUUUCCAGCUCGAUCGUAUUGUUAUCUCGUCGUACGACGUGCAAUGUUGUAUAAAGGGACUGCGUUCAUCAGAUCUUUUGUCUUUGGAGAAGAAAACGGCCCUAAACGAGCUUCGUGAAAACACUGAAGCGCUGGCAGAAGUGGCAUCUCUAUUGACUAACAGGCUGAAGAACCUGAACCGCUGGAACUGGCCUUCGUCUAGUGAAUCAGUGGAAGUACGCCGUGGAAUAGCUGGAGUAUAAAUCAUAUUUUAAUGAAGAUAUCAUCACUGCACUCUUUUUGCAAUAUGUAGGUGUGCAAUGGGCCUCCUAUUUUAAGCGUCAGUUUUUCUCCAUUUAUCAAUCGAAAGCUUGGAUUAAAACCUUCUGUUUUGGUGAAUCCAUCGAGUCACAAAGACGAACUUUCUAUGAAAGUACAUUUUUGUCAACGCUUCCGGACUCCAUAUCGUCGCAGGAAAGCAAAUCUCAAGAUGAGUAUGUUCGACUUGAAUCCGAAGAGUAUAAUGAAAGGGAGUACGCACAGCUAAUACCAAUAGUGACACCCGAUCGUGAAGAAGCACGUAGGUAUAGUGCUAGUGCUAGUCGUUUUUCUAUGUCUCGAGGUGAUAUUCCAGUGACGACUCAUCACUAUCGUAAACCUACCAAAAUAUCGGCAACGAAAAUUGACUUUAAACAAGAAUUUCUUCAUACUCUCAGUACGGAAAUACGUUUAAGCCAAGCAAUUCACUCGGACAAACCACUUGUCAUUGUCCAAGCAGAUUUGGAAUCAUUCGGACCAUCCAUUGUUCAUGAUGCAGUUCUAACGGUCUUCGAGUAUUUCGGUGUGUCAUCGCAAUGGAUUCAAUUCUUUAAAAAGUUCCUUCAACCUAAAGUUAGUUUUGGUCAAGGGGAAGAACCGAAAGCAGUUGUUCGUGGGGUUCCAACGUCGCACGUCUUAUCUUCUCUGUUCGAAGAAACUCUUUUAUUCCUUCUUGAUUUUUACGUCAAUCAGAAAUGUGAUGGAAUGAGAAUCUAUCGAAUUGAUAAUGAAUUUUGGUAUUGGAGUGACAACACGACGAGUGUGAAAAAUGCGUGGGAUAUGAUGAAAGGGUAUGGCGAAGUGAUUGGACUAAAAAUAAAUGAAAAUCGUAGUGGUUCGGUCACCGUAUAUUCCGAUGAUGCAUUGUCACAAUUGGCAAAUUCAAUUGAAUCCACUGUCAGCGGUCCUUCACCACUACCUCAAAAGAACAUUCAUUGGGGUUACUUGCAACUAUACUCUAAUGGAACAUUCGUUAUUGAUAAGAAGGCCAUCAAAAUAUUUUUGGAGGAAAUGCAGGGUUUAUUGGACAAAUCGGAGUGCGUCUUAGAGUGGAUCAACAUCUUCAAUAAAUACUUGGAGUUCUUCAUCCGCAAUUUUGGUAAGUCGGCUUUAGUGUCAGGCAAACAACAUUUAGAUCAAAUCAACGACUCACUGAGGGUCAUCUACGAGGGUCUAUUCGGUUCCAAAGACGGAAAUCCUGUCGAAAAACUUAAAGAGCGAUUCGAAAAACUGAAGUCAGCCGACAUUGUUGAUGUUUGGGCGUACUGGCCUUUGGAAAGAGGAGGUUUAGGCUUAGUCAACCCCUUCAUUGGAAUUAUGUCACUUAGAGAGGCGUACGUGGACAUCAAUGAUGAGGACAACUUUUCGAAACUACCUUUGCAAGAUAAAGAUUUGUGGGAAGAGAUGAAAAAAGAACACGAAAGGCGAUACGGAAUUCCCGGUAAUUCCGGUCCAGCAAUUAAUUCAUAUCCUCCUCGCGAAAUUCCGCUUCUACCCACGUGGACUGAAUACAUUGCGAAAAGAGAAACUGAGUUGAGCCAUUGGUACUACAGAUAUCUUCGCCUAUUGGAACGUCCUGCACCAAAAACACCGACAGUGUCUGACAAAUUCUGGAAAUUGGAUGCACCGAUUCCGGAAGGAGAAUACGAGAAAAGUUACAUGAUGUGGCUGUUUAGCUAUUAUGAAACCCAGUUGACUCUUCACUUCGGUAGUGUGAAGUUCAUUAAUUCGAAAUUGCUUCCGAUGAGUAUGAUUGCAAAUAUUCAAAAAACGAAGGUGCAACACUAAGUCUUAUGCUGAUUUAUUAUUGGAACCGUUUCGCUUGUUAAUCUUCCAUUAAAUAUAUUACAUUGAACACUUAAA